AUGGACUCUUCUCAGAAUUCGACCCAGUUAAGUUCACAAUCUUUAUUCAAUUCUGAACACUUAAAGUUCAUUAAUAAACAGCUCUCCCAAUUGGGCCCUCAUGAUAUUCUUCGUUGGAGUAGAUGGACAAUUCCACAAUUGUUUCAAACGUCUGCGUUGGGACUUUCCGGAUUGGUGAUUUUAGACAUGCUGUCAAAGAUGGAAGUCAAAGUUCCAAUGAUCUUCGUCGAUACCUUGCAUCAUUUCCAGGAAACUAUGGAUCUUUUGGACCAAGUAAAAAAGACAUACCCUGAGGUUCCUGUUCAUGUAUAUCAUUGUGCUAAAGCAGCAUCUGAAGAAGAGUUCGCAAAAAAAUUUGGUGAAAAGCUUUGGGAAAAAGACGAAAACAAAUAUGAUUUUUUGGUGAAGGUUGAGCCUGCCAACAGGGCUUAUACCGAUUUAGAUGUACUCGCUGUUUUUACAGGUCGUCGUCGCAGCCAAGGAGGAGAACGUGGAUCUUUGGACGUUGUGCAAGUUGAUGGACCUGUCAUCAAGAUUAAUCCUUUGGCCAAUUGGUCUUUUCAACAAGUCUAUUCUUACAUCAAGGAGAAUAACGUUCCCUACAAUGGGUUACUGGAUAAAGGAUACCGGUCUGUUGGUGACUACCAUUCUACCCAACCUGUGAAAGAGGGUGAAGACGAGCGCGCAGGACGCUGGCGCGGUAAAGAAAAAACCGAAUGUGGGUUGCAUACACAAAGCAAAUUUUCUCAGUACCUUGCAGAACUUGAAAAAAGAAAGAACGAAGGAUCCAGCAACUAA